AUGGCCAUUAACCAAGCAGAGGGCGAACACCCGUCUUUGGACAGCCAUUGGGUGCAGCCAAACCUCAGAUCUGAUGAUGGUGGUGAUGAGGAGGGUCUUCGCCGAUGUUGCACAGGUGCGUUUCGCUUGCAGGGCCGCAAGCUGGGUGGAAAGCCUCUCCC